UCUCUAUACCACAAACAUACAAAAAAAAAAAAAAAUGGCUGGAGCUUUAAGUUUUAUUCUUGCUUUCCAAUAUUUCCUCUUGACCUUCUUCCACUACUCAUCAAUUGCAACCAAUGCUAAUUACAAUCUCCAAAGUUUUGGAGCAAAAUCUGAUGGAAAAACUGAUUGUAGCAAGGCAUUCUUGAGUGCAUGGACCUCAGCAUGUGCUUCUACACAGCCAGCCACCAUUUUCGUGCCACCGGGAAGAUACUUGCUUGGAGCUACAAUUUUUGCCGGCAAGUCAUGCAAAAACACUGCUAUAACGAUUCAAAUUGAUGGGACACUAGUAGCUCCAUCUGAUUUCAAUGUUAUUGGAAAUUCUGGUAACUGGAUCAAGUUCGAAAGUGUGACCGGAGUUUCUGUUAUUGGUGGAACCCUAGAUGCCCAAGGGGCUAAUUUGUGGGCUUGCAAAAAUUCCGGCAAGAGUUGUCCAACCGGAGCAACGAGGAAGUAUAACAUAAUCAUUGGGAGUCUAGGCUGGCAUUUGCAAGAACCUGGAGUGGAAAAUGUGACAGUUAAAUCAGCAACAUUUACAGGAACUCAAAAUGGGGCGAGGGUGAAGACAUGGGCCAGGCCAAGCAAUGGAUUCGUUAAAAAUAUUCUUUUCCAGCAUUUAGUCAUGGUUAAUGUUGAAAACCCCAUAAUUAUUGAUCAAAAUUACUGUCCCGACGACCAUAAUUGCCCCAGUCAGGUUUCAGGCGUGAAGAUUAGUGAUGUAACAUAUCAAGACAUACAUGGGAGUUCGGCAACAGAAACUGCAGUAAAAUUUGACUGCAUCAAAGGAAAUCCAUGCAGUGAUAUUACCUUGGAAGAUGUUAAGCUGACCUAUAAAAAUGAGCGGGCUCAUUCGUCAUGCAUUAACGCCAUUGGGAAGUCUUCCGGCUCAGUUGAGCCAAAUAGCUGCUUGUCUCUUUAGAAAAUUAUUUAAAGUAUUUAUACUUAUACAAGAAUAUUAUUUUUAU